UUUUAUUAUACAGAAAAAAUAUAAAACAGAUGGCAUUUCGGUUAUACAUAGUUAUAUUUUGUUGGCUUGUCAUCUAUACCGCAAACGCAAAAGAAGCACCAAAGAUUUCGUCUCCAAAUUUUGCUGAUGCAAUAAUUGAGAAAUCUAAUUUAUUAAAUCCAAAAGGAGGCUCAAAGUAUGAAAAAAAGAAAGAAAGCUUCAAAGCAAGUGCUGGAAAAGCAAAGGAAGCUAUAGUAAAGUUUGGAAAUAAUGACAAAAUUGCAGAAGGUAUAAGUGGUGUAGGAGAUGGUUUAACUCAGCUUGUUGGUGGCAUAAGUAGUGGAAGUUGGCAAGAUAUGCUUCUUGGUGGUCUCAGUAUUGUCGGGACAUUGGCUAGUUUAGCAGGCCCAAUGGGAGCUGCACUUUCAACAAUAUUGAGUCUUGUUUCAAUGGUAUUUGGACUCUUUGGAGGAUCUCAAGAAGCAGAAGAAAGUCAAGAAGGAAUGUUAAAACGAGUAAUUGAUGAAGCCUUAACUCGUGCUCGCGCAGAUGAAUUAAGAGCUGAAGCAGAAGGUUUGAAAAAGGCAAUUAGCUCCAUUCGAAAUUCUAUAAAUCAAUUUCGAGAAGAAAAUUCUAUUACAGAAAAUCAAGCAACUGAACUUUAUAACCAGGCUUUUAGGGGUUUAACUUUUUUUGGACUACUAAAGUUUCAAAUUGAUAAAUAUUGUGAUUGUGCUGUUGAUAGUCCCAAUGAUAAAAAGAAAAUUAGCAAAGCAAAAGAAAAUUCUGAUCGAUGUUUAGAAUUUCUUAAUCUUUAUGCUGAUUUGUCGAUACUUCGGCAACUGUUAAUAGCAGAUAUGGCAAGUCUUGUUGGUUCAGUUGGAUUGAAUGGUACAGCUACAAAUCUAUUAUCACUUACAGAAAAAGAAAAGAUAUCAGAUAAAGAAAUAUUUCUUUUUUUGUUGGACCCAAUUAAUAAUAAAGAUAAAAGAUUUUGUAUUGCUCAGUAUUUUGGGGUGCCCGGUAAAUACCCAACUCUCCAAGCUUAUUUGGCUAGCUUGACUCAAGCAUCUACCGGUGAAAUUGCUUCAAAACAAGUUGUGAUUUGUUCUGAAAAACAAUUACUGGGUUUGUGUUACAAACUUAAACCAAAGAGUUAUAACGAAAAUGAACUACUUAAGUGGGCUGGUACCAUCAAGUCUAUAUAUGUCUCAGAUGGUCUAGUUGUAAAUGGUUAUAGUUCUGAUAAACUUAAAGGUGCUUCAUAUGGGCCAUUUCCAGGAGCAACUGUAAUUGGACUUACACCUGGUAGCUGGAAAUCUAUUAAAAUUAUUCCGCUCACAGAAAUAAAAAAGCGUGUUAGAGUUUGUGAAAAAGAAAAACUGAGUCAGGAUGGAAGAUGUGAUGAGCUUGCUAUAAAUGAUUAUCCUGAUUUAAAAAUGGUCAGUGGGGCUGAUGGAGAUAUAUUGACUGUGGAUGGACUACAGUGUAUAUUUCCUUUUAAGUAUGGUGAAACAACAUAUAAAAAAUGCGCAAAUGAUGGUGAAAAAUAUUGGUGUGCAACAGCUGUUGAUGACAAAUUAGCAUAUAAAAAAUGGGGAAAAUGUGCUUUUCCACAAACUUGGUCAGAUAAAAUUCUUUCCAUAUCAAUUCCUGAAAAUGUUAAAGUUUGGCUUUAUACAGAAGAAGAUUAUAAAGGAACUACUUAUGGUCCAUUUUAUGGUGCUAACACUAUUGAUGAAGUAUGUGGAGGAGCUACAACAAAAUCCAUGAAAGUAUCUAAUACUCACAUGAAGUCCUCUGAGAUGGUUAAGAUUUGUCGUGGUCCAUCUUUCUCUCAGAUGUGUGAUUUUAUUGAAACAAAGCUUUACCCUAAACUCUUGAUUCAUGGAUGUCUUUGGAGCAGCGAGGAAAACAAAAUAAAAAGUAUGCGUGUUCCUGGUGGACUUGCUGUAUAUAUGUGGACCGAUGAAAACUAUAAGGGAAUACCUUUAGGACCUUACAUCGGACCAGUUUCUGUAUCCGUCGUCGAUGGUGGUGACCCAUCUGAAUCUCAAAUUAAGUCCUUAAAAAUUGUUGAAUACAAACCUGCUGCUGUUGAUUCAGUGAAAAGAAAAUUUUCUAAAGGAAAAUCUUAUGAGACAGACAGUAAUUAAUCAGAUAAAGAAUCAUUAAUAACGAAUUGAAUUAACGAGAACAUUGGAUAAGACAAAUAAUGACUCAGCAAAAAUUGUUCGAUUGUAAACUUACUUAAUUACUUAAUAAAUUGCAAUAAGA